AUGCUCGUCACCAAGAACUUCCUCCUCGCCACUCUUUCGGCCGGCCUGGCCGCAGUUGCACGCGCCGACGACGGUCCGACGGCCAACGCAGUCCGCGUUCCGGGCCUCCACGACAUCGUGCCAGUCGGCUCGCCCUACGAGAUCAAGUGGGACCUUACGCCGUUCCAGGGCGGGACGGUCAGCCUCACGCUGCUGAAGGGCCCCUCGACCAACGCCGUUCCCUACCUCAGCAUCGUGAAUGGCACGGAAAACGACGGCUCCUACAUGUGGACUCCGCCUACCAGCAUCCCGGACAGCAACGGCGACACGGGCUACGGCAUCAUGCUGGUCAUUGACCAGAACGGCGCCUACCAGUACACCACUCAAUUUGGCAUUUCCAACUCCCAAUAA